UCUCAGCCAGAUGUGGUAGUGCAUGCCUGUAAUCCCAGCACUCUGCCAGGCUGAAGCAGGAGGGUGUCAGAUUCAAAAUCAGCUGAGGGGUGUAUUUGUGCUUGAGGGGAAGAGACAGGCUUCUGGUAGAGAAGGAAGAAGCCAGACCAGAUGACUCAUCCAAGGGCCAGGGACCCAGGAUGGAGGCAGCUUAACUGGCAGAGGCAACCCUCCCCGCAGCCCCACAGCAGCAGCCCCUUCCUCCCUUCCCACCCACAGCUGAGUAAAAAGCAUGGGCCAGUGUUCACCGUGCACCUGGGCCCCUGGCGGCACGUGGUGGUCCUGGUUGGGCACAAGGCUGUGCAGGAGGCCCUGGGAGAGCAGGCUGAAGGAUUCAGUGGGCGAGGAAUCUUGGCUACGCUGGACCAGACUUUUGACGGUCAUGGGGUUUUCUUCGCCAAUGGGGAGCGGUGGAAGCAGCUGAGGAAAUUCACCAUGCUGGCUCUGCGGGACCUGGGCAUGGGGAGGCGAGAAGGCGAGGAGCUCAUGCAGGCAGAAGUCCAGCGUCUGGUGGAGGCGUUCCAGGGGACAGAAGGACGUCCAUUUGAUCCCUCCCUGCUGCUGGCUCAGGCCACCUCCAACAUUGUCUGCCUACUCCUCUUCGGCCUCCGCUUCUCCUACGAGGAUGAGGAGUUCCAGGCUGUGGUCCGGGCGGCUGGUGGUACCUUGCUGGGGAUCAGCUCCCCAUGGGGCCAGACCUAUGAGAUGUUCUCCUGGUUCCUGCAGCCGUUGCCCGGCCCCCACACGCAGCUCCUCCGCCACUUGGGCACCUUGGCUGCCUUCACUGCCCAGCAGGUGCAGCAGCACCGGGGCAACCUGGACACCUCGGGACCUGCACGCGACCUUGUCGAUGCCUUCCUGCUGAAGAUGGCACAGGAGGAACAAAACCCAAGCACGGAGUUCACCGAGAAGAACUUGCUGAUGACAGUCACUUAUCUGUUGUUUGCCGGGACAAUGACAGUCGGAGCUACUGUCCGCUACGCCCUCCUGCUCCUUCUGAAGUAUCCUGAGGUCCAGAAGAAAGUGCGGGAGGAGCUGACGCGGGAGCUGCAGGCCGGCCAGGCACCGAGCCUGGGGGACCGGGCCCGCCUCCCGUACACGGACGCAGUUCUGCACGAGGCACAGCGGCUGCUGGCGCUCGUGCCCAUGGGCAUACCCCACGUCGUCACAAGGACCACUCAAUUCCGAGGGUACACGCUGCCCCAGGGCACUGAGAUCUUCCCUCUCCUCGGCUCUGUCCUGCAUGACCCUGAGGUCUUCGAGCAGCCAGGGGAGUUCAACCCAGGCCGUUUCCUGGAUGCUGAAGGACGGUUCAAGAAACCCGAGGCAUUCCUGCCCUACUCCUUAGGUAAGCGCAUCUGCCUUGGGGAGGGCCUGGCACGAGCAGAGCUCUUCCUUUUCUUCACCGCCAUCCUGCAAGCCUUUUCCCUGGACAGCCCCUGCCCACCAGACGCCCUGAGCCUCCAGCCAGCCGUCAGCGGCCUCUUCAACAUCCCGCCAGCCUUCCAGCUGCAGGUCCGACCGGCUGACCACCACCCCGCUGUGCAGACCAGAUGAAGGAGGAGCUCCUGGAGGCGGGAGCUGCCGAGGGUGACAUACCCAGCCUCAAACAGCCUAGCGGACAGGGUGUGCGUCCGGAGCCCCGCGUCCGCACCAAAGGCAGCCCAGUUACACAUGCAGCAGUUUUCAGAGACACCACACAGUUGGCCCCCACACUCCCGUGUGGACACAGCCACACGGCCAUGAGGGCCCCAACUGCUACACGAGCUUUCUGCAGCCGUCAAUGUAGUAUAGUGUGUCUGCUGUAUACCGCACAACUCCCUGCACCCUCAACCCACAUGAGGGAGUCCAGCUGCCAUCUUCACAGCCACAAACAAGCCUUCCUACGGUCAUAGCUCAAAUGUCCCCUUUGUCCAUCAGACUCAGUGCCACCAUCUCUGGGCAUCUGCCCCAGAGAACAGCAUAACCGUGCUUGGUCAUGACACAGUGGGAGACACUGUCCGUCCCUAUCUGCGGCCCCAACACCUUUGUGUGCCCUCACCAUCCUGCAAGCCCAUGAGCACUGCCAGCCACAGACCCCAACCCCGGAUCCACACAGCCAGCCCACCUGCAAUACCCUCCUGCCUCCCCUGAUAGCUUCCCACUGAGGCACACCACUCCACAAAGACGUGGUCCCCAGCCACCGCCACAUUUCUGUCCCCCAGAGGCACCCUCUCUAGGUAUCUUCUUUUGCUCACAUUUUCCCAAAUACAAACACUUCCUGAUCCGCACUUAUAUACCCAGAUGUUGGACACGGGACUCCCAGAGAAACAGCGCACCCCACACCUGCUUAUGUGACUGUUGACAGUGGCCCUGUCCCCACUCCUCACCAUAUACAGCCCCAAGGCCCCUACUCUGUAUCAAAGUCCCCUCUAGACCCCUACAAGAGCUAGAAGACCAAGUGAGGGCCAGGUUCCAAGGCCCAGAGCUAGGAAAGAGGCCAGAUCUGACCUCCUUGUGACAUAAAGGUCCUUAUUUUGCAAUAAAAAUUUGUUUCUGGUCCCUGGU